AUGGUUAAAAAGCCUGGCCCUGGGACCCGCCAUUUUCUGUGGGGGCAGGCGGGAAAGGCGGGAAGUCGCCGAGGAGGCAGCGCGAGUACGGCCGCGAGACGACCCACGGCGCCCACGGUCGCAGCAGCGCGAGGCGGACGAGCUCAGAUACAGCACCAUUUCUUAACCUCAGGACAAACACAGCCUCAUUAAAAUCAUUCUUCUCCAAACUCGCUUUGAAACAACCAGGUCUUUUCAAACUUCCUAAACGUCACCAUGAAAGCGGCCAGUGUAGCCUCUGCGGGCAGCUCUUCUGUCUGUUGAUGCCUGCCAGUGUUUACACUGAGGCGCUCUGCCUGCUUACUUGAAGUAAUUCCCAUGAGGUCCAGUGGAACGUACCCAGAGCUAAACGUUUUGCGCCCUAAGGAACUCCCAGGAUGGCCCGUACCAAGCAGACUGCCCGUAAAUCCACUGGUGGGAAGGCGCCACGAAAGCAGCUGGCCACGAAAGCUGCUCGGAAAAGUGCACCGUCUACUGGUGGAGUGAAAAAACCUCACCGCUAUAGGCCUGGCACUGUGGCCCUGCGGGAAAUCCGGCGGUAUCAAAAGUCCACAGAGUUGCUGAUCCGCAAGCUGCCGUUCCAGCGCCUGGUCCGUGAAAUUGCUCAGGAUUUCAAGACAGACCUGCGAUUCCAGAGUGCUGCCAUUGGAGCUUUGCAGGAAGCCAGUGAGGCGUACCUUGUGGGUCUGUUUGAGGAUACCAACCUGUGUGCCAUCCAUGCCAAGCGGGUCACUAUCAUGCCAAAGGAUAUACAGCUGGCCCGUCGCAUCCGUGGCGAACGAGCUUAAGUUCUACUCCCCUUCCAACACUUAAACCUCUUUCUUGGUAGCCCCACCCUGCUUGUGUAUUAGAAUACACUCCAGGUUUUCCUCUUUUUUUUUUUUCUCUCUCUCUCCUACUCCUGUUUGUAGUAGCUAGGACAUGUGAGGAAAUGUUAGAUACUCUAUCAUAGUAGUUCUCCAAGAUCAGGAGACCUGAUUGCUAUUCAUCAUGUACAAGCAAAAAAAGAAAGAAAACAAAACCUUUGAAAUCUGCAAGACUUCUGGAUCAUGUUUUUUUGUAAAACUUUUUUUUUCCAGAAUUGCAAAAAAAAUCCAAACCAACCAACCCAACAGGGGACACUUUUGAAUAAUCUGGUUUUAUAUACAAAACUUAAAUAGAUAUAGGCAUUUCAGCGGUAGAGUUUUUGGUCUUGAGUUUGUAAAAUAUUUGCAAACACUACACACUUCUGUUUACUGUGCGGGUUUUUUUUUUUCCUUUGUAUUUAGGCAAGGAGUGCUUUCUUAACCCUUUAUUUUCCUCUUUUCCAUUUGUCUUGUGUCUGUGACUCUAACCUUUGUAUCAAUAGGGAACCACCUUGAGACAAUAAGGAAACAAAUAAAUGUUGAAUGACAACA